ACGUCAGAGGGUCACGUGACGCCCAGCCCAACUGUACUCGGAUGUACAGCGGAGAGAAAACCAGACGAUAAGGCCAUCUGUGACCGUCUUUCCUGCUUGUUUGGGACAUCGAACGGACUGUUGUCUCGAGAAAAUAGUGGACAGAAGUAUGACAGUGGUUUUCCUUAGAGAGGUUUGCGAGUGAGCGGCGAAGGGGUCGCGCAUUCGACUCCGGUUGGUCGGAGGUGGGUGCUGCCCGUGCAAUAACAACACACGCAAAAUGGCGAACGCUUCAGAACCGGGAAACACGACUAGCAACAGUGGCGGCCCGAAGACGGGUUUUACCGUCGCUGCUGGAACGAGAUACGCCUUACUCCACGAGGGAGACGUCCAGAUUUGCUGGCUACACCAUACGCGGACACUGGUCAGCAAGAUUUUAAGCUCCAAGUACUUACGGAGAUGGGAACAGCAUCAUGUCAUACUGGACCAAGGCGAGAUCCGGUCGGCCUCGCCCUGCGGUGUAAUGGAGUCGGCCAUCUUAUACAGUGCGAUUGAGGACAUGGGCAAAUGGGACACAGGACAGAAGUUCUGCCUGAGAAUUACUGUGGGAGAUGGAUCCAUGUUGCUACAGGCUGGAAAUGCCUACCUUCGAGACCAGUGGUUGUACUCCAUCAAAUGGAAGAGAGCUGUGCAUCGGUACAGAAGAAUACUGACCAAUAACCAGCGGCCUGAGGUGCUCAUGAAAGAAAUUAAAUCCCUGAUAGACAUGUCACUGAAAACGCAGCUGCAGGAUGACAGUAUUCAUCAAGUGCCUUUGGAGAUUUUCUCACAGCUCUUGGUAAAGAACCCAGAAUUGAUAGAAAAGGCAGAUCAAGAAUGCCUGAUCCGGCACAUGGCACCCCUGCUAGAGGAUAACCAACCCUCCAUCGAGAUAGCUGAGUUCUUCAGUAAGAUUUGCCGGGAUUCUCCCCGAUCUGAGAUUGUCACCAGUAUCUUUACACCCAUCAUCCAACGCAUCUUGAAGCACACUUCGGACUUUGGAAAGUUCCCUCGGCUGCGGAUGUUUGUACAGGACUACAUCUUAGCUCUGAACUCACAGAAUGACGGAACCACUUCAGUCAAGGCAUUCAUCAAAUGCAUGCAUGGCCCUGCCAGUGCCUGCCCCCACCACCGAGUACUGUACAACCUGGUGUCAGUCUGCCUGGCAGCCAUCUACUCAUGCUUCGAGGAUGGUGUAUAUCAUUUCAACUUCGGUGUCCAUCACAGCACAAUCCCCGAGCACAAGACGACAAAUUCCUCCACCAGCAGCUCCAUGUCCAGCCUGGAGAGCGGCGAGCAGACCCCCGGGAGCGACAGGAAGACGACCUUCAACACCCGCGCCUGUUACCCGGGAGACACCAGCCCCAAGUACACGCCGGACGAGAAGAGGAAAAUUUACGGGCCCAACAUUAUGAGUUCGAUGGACAGUUUGGUGGACAACGGGAAGGCCUUUGGAGUGUUGAACAAUGAACUGUACAAGUCCCACGGAGCUGAAGGAAGAGUAAACGGCCACUGCAGAGAAGACUCAAACAUGGACAGUUCGGUAGAGUCUGUGAACUCACAGGGGACCAAGAGCGAUGUGGCGGUAAAUGAAGUGAAACUCCGCAUGGACUACAAUGAUCUUGGGGCCACUGGAUACACAAUUGGUACGAGGCCAAAAAGACCAAAUGUGGACAUGGACGGAAACCUGCACUUCAGCCCAAAGUUGCAAUACCCUCAGAGAAUGGUGCCUGUCACGGGACUUGGUGGAAAGAACGGAGUGUUACGGGUCAAGUCGCUACUCAUAACUGACAAGGUCAUGGCCGAGAGAGUGACGCGGUGCUUCGUCACCAUUUUGGAGGAAAUGUCUACGUAUGAAGACUGGAGACCGGGCCUUGCUAUGUUGUUGCAUCCAAUUCCAUUCCCCAAGGGGGCUCUCUCAAAUGAUACUUUUGCAAAGCACAUGAGAAAUGUGAUUUUAACAUUUGCUGGAGAUGAAAGAUGUGAGGUCCAUUGCAUGAUCCUGCCUGUGCGGGAGGGGAAGGACGGCUGGUUUCACAUCUUCUGCCCGGGCUCCAGCACCUGUAACGACGAAGGAGAAGUCUUCUCAGCUGUAGUAGAUAGACUGAUGAACUGCCUCUGUAACAAACGGAAAAAGUUCCUGACGUCCCUCAUGAAGGAGGAGAUGCGGGGACCAUGUCUGCUGCUGGCACUGCGUGGGGACAAGACACUGAUCAAGGUGCUCUGUUUGAUCCUGGAGAUGAAUAUAGUCAUAGACAACGACCUGAAGCUCCAGCUGAUCGCCACACUGGAGAGCACGGACUACGGACAGAUGAUGUACAGCAUCCUGUGCCAGAAGCAGUCUCAGCUACGGGAGUUACAGAAGGAGGGAGGACCGACCUGUCUCACCAUGCCAUCCAAGUCCACGGAUGCGGACCUGGUGCGUAUCCUGAGCUCCGGGUCGUUUGGGAACCUGGUGAGCCUGAGCCUGGCCUUCACCCAGGUGACCAGUACGUGUGCAGAACAUCUCAUCAAGCUGCCCACCCUCACGUACCUCAACCUGUGGUCCACUCAGUUUGGCGAUGCGGGGCUGAUUCUGCUAUCCGAACACCUCCACAAGCUGCAGGUGCUGAACCUGUGUGAGACACCCGUCACUGACAAGGGGCUGGAGUCCAUCAAAGCAAUGAAGAGUUUGCAGCAUCUGAAUCUGAACAGCACCAAGCUCAGCCCAGACACCUAUGAGCUGCUGAAGGAAAAUCUGCCUGGACUACGAUCCAUGGACAUCAGAUAUACAGAUGCCUGGUGAGGAGGGUCAUCCGCCAAACCAAACAGAGGUUGUUUUUAAGAGUUGUGGCCAGAUUUGGGGCCUGCCAGCCGUGGUGACGAGAUGUUGGAAAAGUUGAAACCCCACACAUGGACUGUUGGUGUGGUGUGAGUGUCUGACUGCAGCCUCCCAGUGCAGAUCUUUGUUUGAGAUGUAGCGAACCUCCAAAUCCUCUUGCCAUUUCUAUAUAAUACUGGACUGUACCUUGGUGACUGGAAAAAAAACCUAGCCCUACCAUUGGGCAGUAUUUCUGAAUACAGAUCUAUAUGGUUCCAGAGAAUUUACUUUGACAGAUAUUGUUCUACCUGUAUUCACUGAUAUGUCCAGUAUCUAUUAAAUUGAAAGCAGAAGGAGGAAGAGUUGUUAUCAGACAUGUCAUUGCUGGCCAAUGUUCAAGUCAAUCGUUAUUAUCACUUACUAGACUAGAUAGUCUUCUUCACGUUCACUACCGACAAGUCACAGAGAACUUCUUCAGUGUUAAUUGACACGUUCAAGUACUAACGGUACACUUUGUAGAAGUGACACAAUGGAGGAACCUAUUCGCUAUCAGAUCGUUGCAAUGUAUCCGCUGAUGUGGCGUACGUAUGUCUACAGUGUUAAACUUCAGACAAAGCUACCUGUACCAAUGCCAAACCUACUUGUUGUUUGAUAGGUGGAAACCAUGUGUUGUGUACCUGUAUUAGAUAGGACCAGAACAACAUGGAGUGAUAUAGGACCUCGAAGUCUAGACUUGUGUUCCUUUUUUUUCUCAGAUGUUGCCUUGUACAGGAUCCGCCAGUUCUGUUCAGCAUUGUUGAUGACCUUAUGACUAAAAUGGACCUGUAGUUGCCAUGUACUGAUUGACCAUGUUUGGUUUGUAUUGUGUUCUGUUGCAUAUUCCCCCCCCUGCUGCAAAAUUGAGUUCCAACAACAUUGGCAUACCUCAGAUCACAUUGAAGGAAGUAACUGACAGCAGCAUGGUAUACUGGUCUCCUGUUGCAGUAAGAACAAACAUGACUACUGUACACUUAUGCUGCAAGCGUUGGCAUAAAUAUGGAACAAGAGACACAACAACCACCCCAGCACAAUUGGGAAAUGGCACUACACUUGUAGGAACUAUUCUCUACACAGAAAUGCAUUGGAAAAGCUGAGCAUAUGACUAUGACAAAGGGAGAAAACAAUAACGUGUGCUUCUGUGCCUGAUCUACGUUCACCUUACAUGGUCAUCUCUCUUGGCAACUACAGGACACAGCAGGGUCCCACCCACUACAUGUAGCUGGGUGCAGAAUACUGGCCUACCUUUUGUUCAUGUGUCAAACUGUUGCAUCUAAAAUAAUUCUAACCAGCAGUGAAAAAUAAUUUGUAUAGAAAAUCUAUGGGACAGUGCAUCCCGAAAGUUAGUGAAUUACUAUUUAUUUAUUCUCAAGAGAAGACUUGUAGCGUAAAAUGACUGUAACUUAGGCAGUUUUGAAUAGGAGCAUAGAUGGAAGAGACACACACUAGAACAUUGUUGCCUAGUUACAGAAAUAUGACUUUAUCUUUGUAUACUAAUACAUGAUAGUGAAUAGAAGAAGAGGCUUGUUGGCUGGAAAAGUGGACAAUGGCAUGAAAAGUCUCCUCUUACAUGAUGUCAAGAAAUGUGACUUACCUUUGAAUACUGUCUGAGAAAACUUUUAUUACCGUCUGUGAGAUAUUAAUUUAAACAAGACUUGUGUGUGAAUGUUUUUGAAGGCUGGAGAAAAAAAAUCUUCUAAUAUAAACUGUAAUGUUUCUAGAGUGCUGGAAGUUAUGUCACCUUGUUUCUCAGUUGUGAUGUUUUUUUUCUGUUCUCCUUGUCUGUAGAAAAGUGAUCGUAAGACGGGUCUGUAGUUCUUUAUAGAGUAUGUAUACAGUUGGGCUGUGAACGAAUGCCCAAUGCACCAGAAGUAAAUGUAUAUGUGUCAGUCAUCUUUCUGUGUUUAACUUUCACUAGUAUCAACAGAAACUCACUCCACCAUUGCACUGUGGCUCGACCUUUAUUGUGAAUAAUAAUAAUGGAUGAUUGUAGAAAUGGAGAUGUAAUUUAUUUGUGACUUCUUGUGCUGUCAUAUACAGGAUACAGCAUCUGUGGAGCUUUUUCCAACAUGUUCAAGCUGGUAAGAAUUUUAUCUCUGUGUUGCACUGUUUUGCUUAUUGGGCUAUUCCAUAUUAAUAGUUACCUAGUGAUGGAGGAUUGUACGGGGAAAAAAAUCAUGUCAAGGGAAAUUUUAGGUGAUAAAAUUAUGAGCAAUACAAGAUCAGGGGAUGCACAACAAUGAAAACAAAAAACAGAACAAGGGUGGAGCAGAUAUGAAAAUCAUUUCCCCCUUCCCCCCAAAAAAGUAAUCCAGUCCUCCCCCACGAGACUUUUAGAAUGGAACAGUCCUUGUAUUAUGCCACUUGUGAGGGUGCUCCAGCCCAGAGUUGGUAGUGUCCCUCCCAUGUGCAGUUUUGCUGUACCAUGAAAGCUAGCUUCAUGCAUGGAUUGUAUAGAGAGAUCAAUGACCACAGGAUGUUCCUGUCCUAUUUAUUAAAUGCUGAGAUGCCUUCUUGCUUCUUGGAAUAUUGCUUUGUUUCAAACAGGGUUUAUCUGUCUGCACAUGAUAAAGAAAUCCUUCACUGUCGCCUAAAGAUGUUUGCUAAAUAGAUGGAGAUAGUUUUGAGAAGAAUCAAUUUUGUUUGCAUCAAAGUAAAUUGUGCCAAAUCGUUUUGCAGUCAUUUGAAGUCAAUAAGAUGGAAGACAAAGUUCCUGUUGACCUGGCCUCUCAGCAUGGUUUGUAAGAUGGGGAUUGUUAUGUUGCUUUGUUGAACAUUCCUGAAUAAGCUGUUGAAAUUCAUAAGCUUGGCAAUAAUGACGUUAUGAAGUAGUUAUGUCAUGAGAUGGAGGUUUUGCACAGCAGCAAGCCUUUUGCUAGUGUUGCAAGUUCUCAAGCAGUGUUUUACUUGCACAUGGACUUGGUAUUGUAAACAUCUUCUAUUUAUAUACUUCACAAUAGCCUAAUUUGAAGCCUGCUGUGCAAAACAUUCCACAACACAAAAUCGCAGUCAUUUAUGUGUUGAAUGUCUGUAAAAGUGCUUAUGAAUUAAGACAAAUGGACAUAAUUUUACUUUGCCAGCUUGAAGAAUCUAUCACAAUUCAGGACGUACUUUAAGUUGAACUGCAAUGUACUGUAUUUUAACAACUCACCUGCAAGCAAGCUGGUCGGCAGUGAAGGAUUGCCGCUCUUGACUUGUCAUACUCCGUUGUGCAAUCUUACAAAUGAAGACUGUAUGAGAACGUACUGACAAAGAUUUAUUUUGGAAUUGUGUGCAGGCAUUCUUCCUCUAUUGACAUGGCUACUGGAUUUUUGGCUUGUACUAUUCCUGGUCAGACAUCUUCCAACUAAAAGUAAAACCCACUUUAAAAAUCUCCACCCUGGACAGAAACAUUACCAGUGCAGGUAGAAAAAUUGCUAUUCUGAACUUGAUUAAAGCAUGUCUACAUUUCUAUAAGGUCCCCUAUUUUCCAUGAUUAUAGUAAUAAUGACUUUGUUCUUCGUGCCCAAUAUCUCUCUAUUCACUGUGAUGUUUUCCAAAACAAACAAGCAUCUCUAGAGACGUCUAACCAGGAAUAAUGUCACCAUGCCAAUGUCAAUCUUUGAAUCAACUGAAGUUGGCAUGUACAGGAAAGCAAUGAUAUUUUGGACGGAUUUGUAUCAUUUUGGUAAGAUGGCGAUGAAGUCGUGUUGCUUUUGUUCGUACAAGAUGAGGACAGUGCAGUUUUCCACCUCAUGCUAGCUUUCAUGUAAGUGUUUAUCAAUGACCUAAUAAAUACAAACAUCCAAAUGA